AUGAAAGCCGACAAUCCUCGCCGCGCUGGCUUGGUCAUCACAUCAGUCGGCUCGUAUCUUCUUGUUGCCUCUCACCUCUACGAAGGCGCAGCAGCGGCUCCCCCAUCACCACUUUGGGAUUCCAAGGGCAAAGGUCGUGCCUACGACUUCGACGAGCAAAGAGGAGUCAGCGAUAAGCUUAACCGCCGCCCGUCGUCUGGCAACCUGAUGAGGGCAGACACGCUGUUGCCGCCCGCUACGCCCUCUCGUACCACCUCAACACCGACGCUUAGCAGAUUAGGCAAAAGACAAGUCGGAGCAGCAGCUGCCUAUUCGAGUGGCAUCAUCGCAGAUUGGACUCACCAAUCACGCAGCGUCUGGUUCCAACGAAAAGCCAUCAUUAUCACCUCGUGCUUCCUCGCAAUCUUCAUCGUCCUCAUCAUCGGGGCGACCGUCUUCCUCCGCGAUCGUCGCGAUGAGAAUGACGUAGACGAGGAAGACGACGACGAGUACUCGGACGAGGCAGCUUUGCGGCGAAUGAGAGAGGAGCGGAAGAUGAGGUCAGGGGAUAGGGCAAAGAAGAAGGAAAAGAAGGGUAGCGAGAAGGAGGCGAGGGAGAAGGAAGAGAAUGGCUCCAUGCAACGCAAAGGGAGGCGCAAAGCGGAUGGCACAAGUAGCGGAUCGUCGACCGCAUUGAGCAAGCGGUUGGUAUCGAGGUGGAUUCGAUCCUCACCGGGCAUGGAGCGCACCGGUAGUGCCACCUCGUCGUCGCAGGCGGCGAACGAGGCGGGCGCUUCGAGGCGUUCGACAGAAUCGUCAAGGUCGUCGCUAAGGAGGGCAGCAUCGCGAGGCAGCCGAUUGGGAGGGCCAAGACAGGAUCGAGUUGAGGUAGAAUACGACGAUGGUACGGCAGCGGAGCCCGUGUCGUCACGCGAGACAGGACAGUCGGCUUCUGGAUCAUCGUCAGGGCCUCGUCAUUCUACAUCGCGACCCUCAUCAUCAAAUCGACAGGCGGACCACUCAGCUGCUCUCGAUGAAAGCGAUAUCCAAGCGGCAGACGAGGCUGUCGACAUCAACCAGCCACCAGCAUACAUCCACCCUCCUUCGGCUUCGUCGCCUCCUCCGCCACCUCCCCCUCCUAUGCCAGCGCCGACAUCGCAGCCAACAUAUCACCGACCCUUGGCCGGCGAGUUCACCGGAGGGGACUCGAAAGAGGGUGCAACUGGGGGAGCGCCUUCAACUUCACCACAGGUGCCUGCACACGUGUUGGCCAAUUUGCAGAGGCAGGACAACGUCGUCACUACCACUGGCCCUUCGCAGGCAUUGACGGCUGAGGAUGGCAUCGCACAUCUCGCUACCGAUGACAAGGCCCGACUCGCCGCUCUGGCUGCCGCAGCCAGUUCGCCAACGAGCGUGCCCAGCGCGCCGCAGUACGAGGGCGGCUCGACGAGCGCUUCAGCUCCGCAAAUCAUUCAAGCGCCCUCUGCUCCCGACCUCGGCGACGACCACGAUGGUGACAGCGCCUUCGAGGCAUUGCCACCGCAGCCGUCUGCAGCUGACCUCGAGCACCGCGGCUAUCCCAACGAGAAGGGCAAGGGCAAGAGCAAAGGCGAACAAAACGUCAGCGCCGACUUCUUGCCUGCACCGCCGAGCGCGCAUAGGCAACACUACUCGCCAUUCGACCAGCCAUACCACCGCGCAACGCUGCGUGAGCCGCCGACGUUGAGCAGGUCCGGCUCGGCGACGUCAAUUCCACGCUCACCUGCUGGCGUGCCAGCGGCAGAGCCUAGCGCUCCGCCUGCCGAUGUUGAUGAGGGCACCAACCCCACAUCUGAACCUCCCGCCCUCAGCUCACGAGCAGCAGAAAAGCAACGCGAAGCCGAGGCUGAGCUGGCUCUCGUCGCCUCAUCGCCCGCGGAGUAUGCAGCGAGAGACGGCCAUGGCAGCGGUGGCAGCGCUCCUGAGGCCCUUCCUGUGUAUCAGCGAGGGGAGGACGCACAGCAACCCUCUGCGCCUGCACUUGGAGCUGACGCAGAGGAGCAGGCGCCGACAGAUGUAAGGGCUAGUGCUCCCCCAUUCGCACCGCACGAACGCCCACACCCUUCAGCGCCGCCUGCUGAGGACAGUUAG